AUGGCUCCUAACCGCUGGAUACCUUCCACCAAAACGCUGACGAGACCACUGCGACUACUACCUCAUCAUCAUCAUCAUUCUUCCAACGUUACCAUCUCCAUUUCCCAACCUUGUUCUACUUCCCUCUCCAUAACCCUCCUUGACGAUCGAAUUAUUUCCCCUUCCCAGCAGCAAGAAAUCAUGGAUCAAGUGAAGAGGAUGUUGAGGCUGUCCAAGGAAGACGAGAAGCAAGUGAAAGAGUUCCAUAGAUUACACGAAGAAGCAGCCAAACGAGGGUUUGGUCGUCUUUUUCGUAACCCGUCAUUGUUCGAAGAUGUUGUCAAGUCAUUGCUUCUCUGUGGCUGCAGAUUCCAAAGAAGCUUAGAGAUGGCUAAAGGACUUUGUAAACUCCAGAAAUGGCUAGGAAAAAAAUGCAAGUGGGGAAAUUUCCCAAGCGCACAAGAGUUGGCGAAUCUUGAAUCGGAGGAGUUAUUGCGCAACAAAUGCAAGUUGGGAUACAGAGCUGGUCUUGUUAUGUGUUUAGCCAAGGCUGUUGCGGAUGGAGAAAUCAAGCUGCUCGAUUAUGAACUUGAUAAUAUGCAGCUUGGAGAUGAAGAGUCAAUGUUCCAAAAGUUGAAGACGAUCAAGGGGUUUGGUGAUUUCGUUACUUGUAAUGUGUUGAUGUGCAUGGGUUUCUACGACCGCAUUCCAAUCGACUCCGAAACCAUCAGGCAUAUCAAGCAGGUGAUCCACCAAAGAAAAGAGUGUCAGAGGAAAAAUAUCAAGGCAAUGGUUAAGGAGAUAUAUGACAAGUAUGCCCCUUUUCAGACCCUCGCUUACUGGUUGGAGCUGGUGGAGUAUUAUGAGAAUAAUCUGGGGAAGCUAAGCUUGUUGGAGAGAUGUCAUUAUAAAAACGUUACAGGAAGCAUAAUUACCGGUACUGGUAAUAGUUACUAA